AAUCACAUGAGUAAAUCAAAUCAUUGUGUUUACUGUUGUUGGUCCAGUGGCGAGACGAGCCAAGCACGCAGAAUAAUAUCAAUGCAUUUAGGUCCUGCAGUAGCAGCAGCAGCCCAUAACACCACGGCCUGUUGUUCCGCCAUUCCGCCAAUGAGAGCGUGCUUCUGCCGCACAGCCAGCCCAAUGAGAAGGGUUCUGGGUCCGAGCGAGAGUUCAGCUUCUUCCAUCUGAGAAGGGGGACAACAAUCGUCUCUCCUGCACCGUGCAACCGGGGAUGCUUCAAUCUUAAAGGAUAAUCUGCUAUUGUCUGAAGUGAAAGUUGACGUGGAUAUCAAGCUGAAUGCUGCCGUUAAGAAAUUUACAGAUGAGAACGAGGUGCCGCUUGGCCCAGGGACGCGAGUCCUGCCGCUGAAGCCCGAUGCGAUCGCCCGUGCGAUGGACCGUUGUAAGCACGUGGGGCGCCUGCGCCUGGGCCACAACCACUCCAUCCUCAACCCUCAGAAAUGGCAGUGCGUGGACUGCAGCAGCACAGACUCGCUGUGGGCCUGCCUGAAGUGCUCCCACGUGGCGUGCGGCCACUUUGUGGAGGAGCACUCCCUCAAGCACUUCCAGGACUCCUGCCACCCGCUGGCCAUGGAGGUGCGCGAGCUGGACGUCUUCUGCUUCGCGUGCGGCGACUACGUGCUCAACGACAACGCCGAGGGCGACCUCAAGCUCCUCCGGGGGGCGCUGUCCACCGUGCGGAGCCCCGGGCGCCGCUCGCUGCGGUCCUCGGCGGCGGCGGCGGGGGCAGCGGGGGGGGAGGGCGGGGCUCUGCCGGCGGCCAUGCAGCUGGCGGUACGGCACCGCAGGAAGGCCCUCCUGCGGACCAUGCUCUGCCGCUGGAUGGGCCGGCGGCAGGUCCUGCAGAGCCGGCGGGAGCACGAGGUGGAGGAGGAGAAGGAGGAGGUGCGGCGGCAGCGCCGAGAGGUGAAGAAGAGGCUGAUGGAGGAGCUGGGCAACGUCCCUCCCCGCAAAAGCGCCCGGCUCCUGACCCAGGGCCCCCGCUCGACCAUAACGUUCAUCCCCCUUAAGUUCCGGGACCCACCGGAGCGGCUACCUCCCCCUCCGCCCCCGCACCCGCCCAAGAAGCAGCCCCCGCCCCUGGCCCUGUCGCGCAAGGCGCCCCCCGGCGGCCGGGCGGUCAAGCUGAGGAAGUUCCGCUCGAGCCGCACGGCGCGGCGGCGGCGGCUGGCCCCCGGGGUCACAGGCCUGCGGAACCUGGGCAACACGUGCUACAUGAACUCUAUCCUGCAGGUGCUCAGCCACCUGCAGAAAUUCAGGGAGUGUUUUCUCACCUUGGACACGUGUGAGACCGAGGAGCUGCUGGCCAAGACCCCCGCCCCCCCGGGGGUGAGGGGCGUGGCGGGGGGGUUGGUCAGCGAGGGGGGCGGCGCUGCCGCCGCCCUGUCCCCCUGCCCCCUGGGGCGCAUCGGGAAGGCGGGCUGCGUCGCGCCCGCCCUCAGCGCGGCCGAGCUGGUCCAGCCCAAAGAGCCGCGCGUCUCCACCCGCCAGCAGAUGUCGCUGUGCCACGAGCUGCACACGCUCUUCAGGGUCAUGUGGUCGGGGCGGUGGUCCCUGGUGUCCCCCUUCGCCAUGCUGCAUUCGGUGUGGAACCUCAUCCCGGCGUUCCGGGGCUACGACCAGCAGGACGCCCAGGAGUUCCUGUGCGAGCUUCUGGACAAGGUGCAGCAGGAGCUGGAGUCGGAGGGGUCCAAGCAGCGCAUCGUCAUUCCCAUCAGCCAGCGCAAGCUCUCCAAGCAAGUGCUGAAGGUUCUCAACACCAUCUUCCACGGGCAGCUACUCAGCCAGGUGACAUGUUUGUCCUGCAAGCACAAGUCAAACACGGUUGAGCCCUUCUGGGAUCUCUCGCUGGAGUUCCCCGAGCGCUACCACAGCAUAGCAAAAGGCUCGGCCUACCAGCGCAGCUGCACACUCACAGAGAUGCUGGCCAAGUUCACAGAGACAGAGGCCCUGGAAGGCAACAUCUACGCCUGCAACCACUGCAACAAAAGAAGACGUAAGACUUCCCACAAACCCUUGGUGUUGUCUGAAGCCUGCAAGCAGCUGCUGAUCUACCGCCUACCUCAGGUUCUGCGGCUCCACCUGAAGCGUUUCAGAUGGUCAGGGCGGAAUCACAGGGAGAAGAUAGGCGUCCAUGUGGCCUUCGACCAGGUUCUCAACAUCAAGCCUUACUGCUGCACGGGGUCCGGCCACAGUGUCCACCGCGGGGGCUACACCUACGACCUGUCUGCCGUGGUGAUGCAUCAUGGGAAAGGCUUUGGCUCAGGGCACUACACCGCAUACUGCUAUAACACAGAAGGAGCGUUCUGGGUCCACUGUAAUGACUCUGAGAUGAACGUGUGCAGCGUGGAGGAGGUUUGCAACACUCAGGCCUACAUCCUCUUUUAUACCCAGAGGUCUGGCUAGGUCGGGCUCUCUGAAGAGGACCACUGGAACGGCACUGCCGCCCACGGCUGCACCUGGGCGAAUAACAUUUCUUUUUAUUUUUUUUAUUUUUUUUAUUUUUUCUUAAUCAAUGGGCUAGAAGAAAUGAGAACAAGGUCACGAGGACACGGUCAAAUCCUUUUUUCCCAGUUAUCUGACGACUCAACCAAAAAUAUUUGCAGACGAUACCCAAUGGAAACAUAGUUUAUCCAAUCUUUGGCCUACCAAAGAGAUGACGGCGGCCCUGUGUUGUACCGAAGUAGUUGCCCACUUUGAAGCCAAAUUGGCUUAUAAAAAGGUCAUGUUGUCGGCAUCCCGUUUUGCAUAUUGAAUUAACACUUCCUAGACAAAGAGGGUAGGGUGUGUGGAGCCGACGGGGGACCGACCUCAGUCCCUGCUCUGUCUGCGGUGGGUCCAGGCUUUAGUGAAUCAUAUUCCAUAUCUAUUGAGUCUUGAGACUCAGCGGGCACAGCCGUGUGAGAGCCCAAGAACCUUUUACAUUGGAAGGCAAUAUUGAUUCUGGACCUAAUGAAGGCAUUACUGUGGCGAUCAUUUGUACAGAACAGGCGAGGACCAAAGAUGAUCCGAAACCGGGACUUCAUGUGACUCUAAGCGUCACUGGCAUGUGGUUUCGGGUCAGGUUUCGUCCUCGGACUGUAGUGCACUGCAGACUACUGUUCAGAACCGAUGUUGCCUCCCAUUUAGUUUUUUUCUUUAAUGGACCGGUGUCAUUUUGACCGAUCACAUCGCUGAUGGUCUGGGGUCUGGGGUCCAUCAGUGGAAAUGGAGCGCAUGGUUUGUAAUGGCUUUCAUUUGUUACUCGCUGCCAUUCCUGUUGGAAAAUGUGUGGGGAAAAAUCCUGACUUAAAGCUGACCAGCCAUAGGUACCGUUGAUACGAACAAUGUCGUAUGACAUUAGAAACCGGCACUUUAGAAUGCAUUUUCUUGCACUCUAUCCAUCGAUAUCUGCAUCCCAUUGGCCGAGCAGUGGUCCCCAAGCUUCUUUUGUCACCCCCCCCCCCCCCCCCCCCCCAUUCUGUUAAAAUACGUAACUUAACUGUUAUCGGUUCGGAGCAGUUUGCACACAGCGUGCGCAGUUUCAACAUUUCCUAGGCGUGGGUCAACCCGCUGUAUGAUCUGUGCGCUCAGGCCCUGAUUAUAUAACUACUUGUUCAUUCCGGUUCACAAGAGUUCCCGCGCGGCCACUAUAGCGUUUGACGCAGUCUUUUAAAUUGUGUAGCGAGUUAAUGGGUUUAUUUACGGCUCUCGUGAGCAACACGUUUGCAAUCGUUUGUUUCGCCUGGGGAUACAGUCUGUGAUUGAGCUCCCCCCCCCCCCACACUCCCCCCCCCCCCCCCCCCCCCCCCUCCUCACCCUCACCCCUCACAACUGUUCCAUCCCAUCUCCCUUUGCCUCCCCUGCAGUAUCUCUACGCCUCCCACAUAGGGAAACACUGGGCCACAACUUCACUGCAUGGGCCUGAUCGGAGGUUUAUUGUCUGUCAAGCUCUUAUAGUAGUUUGUGUUUUGAUUUUUCCAAUCAUUCGUCAACAUGAAUGGCUGCAGAUGGCAUUAUGUUGAAUGUCUGUUACUAAAUCCAUACGGUUGUACUCUAUAUAAAGAGGGAGUUUCCAGUAAUGAGUCAACCCUACACCAGAAUGGUCCUUGAGUUAAAUCAUUGUGAAAAGUCAUCCCCAAGGGGUAGUUUGAGUACUGAUCCAUGUGUCGUAUGUGUUUGCAUCUUGUACUCUCCUCAAUUGUACUGCUGUGACUGAAUACUGUGUCUUAGCCUUGAGGCCUUGGUUUGGGCUAACAUAAAUGGACAAAUUGAUUUAUAGAUUCUUAUUUUUUUUGUUCUUAUCCGUAAACAUCCCUCCGAUAAGUUUGCCGUCUGUGAGAAAUAGUUUUGAGAGUCACGGCAGGCUGCCAUGGGGGAGCUAUCGUUGCAGGUCCUAUUUUGUGAUUGUUGGUUUUCCAGACACCUAAACCCCCUGGCAGCUCGUUCUUCUGCCCCGAUUGAAACGUUAGACCGGUGUGGCCCGGUUCUGUACCUCUGCGCCAUGCGCAGCGUCUCUAAAACAAGGAGACGGGCAGACCGUGACGUGCUGAAGAAUGUUGUUUUUUUUGGAGAUUAUGGGUUCCCAUUACUUUCCAAGUUGAGCACCUGAAAGCAAUAUAUUGUACGUUUUUAAAUCUCAACGGGAAAUUAAGAUACAAUUCAGGAAUUCUUCGGCUUGUGAUACAAUGUUUUUUUUCUACUCUGCUGUUUCCAUCAAGUUCUCUGGAAUUUGAGGUAAUCAAGAAAAAAAACUGUUGACGUAUUUGAUACGAGUCGAAUGCGAAGUACCUUUUGUGAACUCUAUAAGUUGGAACAAUCUAAUGACGAUGAAUGUCUUACUUUUUAGUGGUCAGGUAUGGCCCUUCCACUGGCCCCAUGUCCUUACGUUUUGUCUUGUAAGAAAACUGUAAUAAAUGUAAUGGUCUAAUGGUUCUUGCCUGAAGAUAGUUAUUAAAAAUGACAAUGAUAUUGAAA